CUGUGCUCAAACCCAGCUCAACAUGUUAUUCGACGAUUUAAGCUCGAUAUUCCCAGAGGAAGAACUUUUUGUGGAUCCAGGGCUUGGGUAUGGCUAUCAUCCCGUGGCUCUUGGUCAACUCCUACGGCCUUCUUCCUUCCGUGUCGUUCGCAAGUUGGGUCACGCUGCAGCUGGAACCGUGUGGCUCUGCGAGAAGCGACGUAGAUCUCGGACAUCUUUCGUGGCCGUCAAGAUACUUACUAUAUACUACACGAAACAAAUCACUUCUGGGUACUCCCACGAGUCAGCAGUCCUAGAAAUGAUUCAGAAGUAUCGUCAUCACCCCGGAUAUCCUCACCUUCUGCAUCUCCGCCGAAUCUUCAAUACGCAAAGUCAACUGGGUUCUCAUAUGUGCUUUGCAACUGACGUUCUAGGAUCGUCCCUACUUGAUCUUAGGAUGAAACAGCCAAAGAUGGUAUUCACCCUUCCAGUUACAAAGCGCAUCAUAAAGCAGACACUUCUAGCGCUCCAGCUUCUCCAUGAUUGUGGUUUUGUCCAUAACGACAUUAAAACCAAUGACAUCGUGUCGGUAUUGCCUAGCGGCCACGGCGGAACGCUCACAUACAUUGAAAAACAUCCCGCAGAGACGUAUGAGCCUCUCAAUCUUCCCGGACUUACUUCACUACCGAUAAUCACUGUCAAGUCUCAGCCACUCCCGGACAUAGGCUUGCUACCAGAUUUGAGUAACCUCAAUGUCAAGCUUAUUGACUACGGCGAAGCACAACUUGCGAACGCGAAGCACAUGGAUGACUCGCAGCCGUCCAUGUUCUGCCCCCCAGAGUCCAUUCUGGGUUUUUCGUGGUCGACGCCAUCUGAUAUCUGGGCCGUAGGAUGCAUGGUCUUCGAACUAGUCGGGGACUAUCACCUAUUCCGGCAGGAUAAUUUUGACAAUGCUGUUCAUAUUCAACAGAUCACGGAACGCAUUGGAAAAAUACCGUCCACUUUUUUGGUAGAUUGUCAAUAUGGAUCCAGAUACUUUGAUCGGAAUGGGGAUCUGGUGCAAGUCAAAGACUGGGACGAGUGUAGCAUUGAAAGAACCGUAAAGGGGGUGUCAGAAGCUAAAAAUCUCGAUCUGAAUGGUUUAGAUGGGUUCCUGCGUGCAUGUCUGAUCUGGGAUCCCAGGAAACGUUCAACUGCUGCACAGUUGUUGGCGGAUCCUUGGUUGAAUGGAGUCUAGAUUAUUCAAGCACCUCUGGCAAAUUGCCGGGAUGUAACGUUUCUCCCAAGCCUUAUGUUAGUGAGCAUCGUGGUUUUAGCUUCGUUUUUUAGGGUGAAGUCAACGAUUUGAUUAC